GUUAAAAAUGCGUCUCCCUGUCUCUCUCGUUCCUCCCCAACUACGCCUCGGCGUACACUUAAAAAAAAACUAGGGUUGCCGCCGCCGCCGCCGCCCCAUUGUUCCUCUGGCACUGCCCACCGGAGAGGGAUGACCGUGGGAGGAGCAGCCACGCAAGGUGGAGCCCUCGUCACGAUGAAGCAGCGGGAAGAGGAGCCCCACCCAGAUGAGUUCCUCCACGUCGCCCAUGGACGGUCCUUCUUCCCUGGAGACGCCCAGGGCUGACGGAUGUUGCUUGUCGUCAGCCCAGGGCCCGGUUGGCCGGAGCAGUCGGAGAGGAGUGGCAGGCUCGCCGUCGCCAUCGCCGGUAGGAGCGCCAGGCCCAUCUUCCUCGCAUCGGCCGGGCUGUUCGCGCGGCGGGGUGGAGUUCGUGCGAGGCGGAUGUUCGCCGAUCUGUUCCUGCGAGCCCUUGGUUACCUGUGCUGCCUUAUUUCCUAGGUGCCGCCAUCCUAGCAAGCACGGCCACGCCGGCGUCUUCUCUGGUGCUACCGGCAAGCAAUCGACCACGCCGCUGCCAAGCCUCUGGCGCUCCCUGGUAGCCAUCCCUACAUCUCUCUGGUACAACCGUCCCCUUCCCUCUCCUCUAGUAUGGAUCGAAUUUGGCCAUAGAUACUUGGACUGUAGAUAAUUUCCAGAUUUGUGAGCAUUGAUGGUUGUGCUUUCUUGUUCAUGUUCUGGUGAGGAAGAAGGGAAAACGCUGGAGCCAAUAGAUGUUUAGUGGGACUAUGUUCUGAAUUGACAAAGCUAAAGGAAUCACAUGCCAUCUAUCUCUCAAAUUGGUUAUUUGGACGAUAGGUUUAUUGAUAUGGCUCGUAUGCAAGCUCCUGCGGAAGUGAAUCUCAAUUUGCCAGUAUGAAAAAUUACGCUUGUGCGGCAUAUGCUCAUUUGCUAUCAGAUGGUUACAGCUUAAGGCAUGCUAUCAAACACGCAAGAUGGAGUUGAAACUGUUCGUCUUUGCCUAGCAGCAUCAGAAUUACAAUUUAGCUGUAUCUCAGGUCACAAAAUGCUUUGGAUAGCGUAUGUACUCAUGUCAGUUGCAUUCCAUGUCUUUUGUCUCGUCUAUUUUAUUUGGAUCAGGAGAUGGAAAAUUAAGGUAACCAUUCUCGGUGUCGUCACUAUCAUCCUCACAUCGAGAUGUCUCCAACAAUGCCGCCAUACAUGUCCCUCGUGUUGUCAUUGUCAUCCUGAUAGGCAGCUCGAAUGCUUGGUUAGAGGAUCCCAGGUGCAAGGCAAACCGCCAUCUUCUCUCUCACUGUUCAUCGUCUCUAGACGCACCGCCGUCGACAUCAGCUACCGCCUAUACAUAUGAUCCAUGUAUCAUCUUUAGUAUCUCUCAUGCUCAGGAGAGGCAGAGGUCACCCAGCUAGCUCGUGCAGGUAUCAUAUCAGUCUACCAUAUAUAUACACACAGCUAGCUCAUGAUCUGGGCAUCUUCUCAGCUGGCUAUUUUUGGUUGGUUCAUGAUUAGCUCGCGUCGUUCUAGCUCGAUACCCAGUAAGCAUAAUCCAACACAUUGGAGUGUGCAUCUUAAAAAGAUGGAUAUUACUCAACAGCAACCAACACUUGUAUUGUCUAAAAUCACCUACUGUUUUUAAUAAUGAAAGGAUCAAAAGGCAUUAAGCCUUGGUCAGUAGAUCUCUUAAGUUUCAGAUGUGGAUGGAAUGUUUCUCUCUAGACUACAUGUUUAGUUAAUUUUGGGCCAAAUUUUCUUGGUGCUGAAACAAUUCGCAAGUGCUUGCAAAUUUCACCAAGGGCGAUGGAGAUAUGCAAGCACAUUAGCUGAUGAGAGGAUGUACUAAAUGUUAUGCAGAAACCAAAUGAAUAACUUUUCUUGCUCAUCCCUAUAUCAUGUUCUCAGUCUUGUAUCUUCUGAUCAGUUAAGUCAUAUUGGCUUGUGAUCUUUUUUCCAUUCAGUCAGUCUCAAAUCUCAUCUUGGCAUAUACAUAAGAAAGAAGAAGCCAAGAGCAUGUGAAAUGUAUCUGUACAUGUCUGCCACAUAAUUCUAGCUUUUAUUUGCUCCGCGAAAAUAGUUGCACGGGAGGCGUAAUGAGAUGCUUCAGCAAGAAAAGUGUGCCACAAGCACGCACUUGGCGGGCCCCAGCCACUUGUAGGUUAGGGCACGCCUCCUUUCUCCUUCGUUUCUAGGUACCGUGUAUAGCUUGAGAGACAAGUUGAGUUGAUGUUGUGCAUCCUUUGUACCUAUACAUGUGCACUUGCACGUGAGCAAUGAAUUGAGUCACAUCCAAUCCAACCUUUUCUAAUAACAUGGUAUUAGUUUUCGUUUUCUCUCCUGCGAUCUAAACUUCUGCUCCACGCCGUCGCCGCACCUUGCCGUCGCUGCCUCUUUCCUUUUCACCGCAGCCGCCGCCCUCUUGCCGUUGCGGCCUCUCUCCCUACCAACGUCGCCACCAUACCUUGCCGCCGUUGCUGCAACUUGUUGCCGCCGGCCUCUCUCCUUCCCAUCGCAGCCGCCGUUGCCUCUCUCCCUACCCACGCCACCGCCGCACCUUGCCGCCGCCUUCGUCCCUCCUGCAGCGGCCGCCGCAACCCCUUCCUCUCGCCACUACAGUCGUCAUCCGUGCCGCCGUUGUUGCCUCUCUUCCUUCCAUCUCAUCUCCCACAAAAACCCUAAUCCUCAUCCACUUUGGACAUCUACUGUUGUUGCCAUGGACCCUCUUUCUCGAGUGCCUCCAAUCUUCUCACCGGCGCCAACCCGUGGACCGAAGUGGGCCAUGCCCACCGCACACCGAUUUCGUGCGACCCUGCACCGAACCUUCUCGGUUUGUGCUCGACCGACCAUCAGGCGUCCCUGGCGGCACCGCAACAGCCGCCUGGCGGCGGCUACGCACCACUGCCUGCGCAGCCGAUGACGGGUGGCUACCCGCCGCUGCCCCCACCCCAGCCCUACGGGGGCCCUGCAAUGCCCUAGGAUCCCGCUCCUCUUGCGACACUGCACUCAGCUCCUUCACCGAGUAACUCUGGCGGCGGCGGUGAUUGGUACAUGGACACGGGCGCUACCGCCCACAUGUCAACACAUCCCAAUAACCUUAUCCCUUCCUAUCCGGUUCACACAUCCACUCGCAUUAUCGUCGACGACGGCUCUUCUUUACCUAUCACACACAUCGGUCAUAGUUCUUUUCCUUCUACAUCCAUGCUAUUAUUCUUGUCUCACCUACGCUAAUCAAGAAUCUAGUUUCUGUUCGUUCUUUUACUCGUGAAAAUCUUGUCACUGUUGAAUUUGACGAAAUCGGUUUUCCGUUAAGGACACUCAUACCCGGAUGGUUCUCCACCGGUAUGACAGCCUAGACGAGCUAUACCCGGUGCAUUCAUCCUCCACUGCCACCGCCGCCCAUGUCACCCUCUCCACCGGUGUCAACCUCUGGCAUGCUCGUUUAGGUCAUCCCAAUUCAGUCGCACUUCCUCAUACUCUUCGAAGUUCUCAUCAUGUAAUAAGAUCGAUGACCAUACCUGCCAUGCUUGUCGUGUCGGGAUGCAUGUUCGUCUUCCGUUUAGUGCAUCCACCACCAUAUUUUCUUUUACGUUCCAAUUACUUCACAGUGAUAUAUGGACAUCUCCGGUCGCGAGCAAUACUGGCUAUCUUUAUUACCUCGUGAUCUUAGAUGAUUUCUCACAUUAUGUGUGGACGUUUCCCUUACGUCGCAAGUCUGAUGCACUCACGACUCUUACGACUUUCUAUGCCUACGUCUCCAUACAGUUUGAUCGUCCCAUACAUGCACUCCAAACCGAUAAAGGGAAAGAAUUUGACAACCUUGUCGUUCGCACACUUCUCGCAUCACAUGGCACCAUCUUUCGCCUCACAUGUCCACACACAUCUCAGCAGAACGGUCCCGUUGAACGCGUGCUACACACUCUCAAUGACUGUGUAUGUACCCUUCUCUUUCAUGCUAACGUGCCUCCUCGAUUUUGGCCCGACGCACUCGCCACCGCAUCUCUUCUACCUAACAUACGUCCAUGUCGUGUUCGCUGGAACUAUGCAGCCCACUAGCUCCUCUUCGGCACUCCACCAUCGUAUGACGAGCUUCGUGUCUUCGGGUAUCUUUGUUACCCUAGCAUCGCCUCCACCACCCCUCAUAAGCUCGCACCACGCUCCCUUGCUUGCAUAUUCCUCGGCUAUCCUCCCAACAUCAAAGGUUACUGGUGCUAGGAUCCCAUCUCCCACCGCGUGUUCACCUCGCGACACGUUUACUUUGACGAGAGAAUUUUUCCCUUUCACCAGGUACCAUCGGCCGCGGCAUCUUCGCCGCCCCCUCCUGACGCGCUCCAGACCUGGCAUCCUAGCCGGACGAGGGCCACUCAUACAGGCGCGGCCGCCUUGCCGCCUCCCUCGGGCGCGGCCACCUCGCCGGCCCUCUCGCCAGCCUCCUCGGGCGCGACCACCUCGCCGGCCUCCUCAGGUGUGGCCGCCUCGUCGCCCACGGGUUCUGGAUCCAUGCAUGCCGGGCUCAACACCACCUUCGCCCGCCGCUCCCCUGGUGGUGCCCCACCACAUGAUGACUCGUGCUCACGCCGAUGUACUCCGUCCCAGCACGCGCUAUCCGCCCGACGAGUAUUGUGACGCCCGGGUAAUUAAGCUACAGUAAUCCCCGCUAAUGAUGCCACGUCACCUUGGUUACUGUGGAUAAACUCGCGUUAGUUCGGAACCUAGUUUGAAUUUCAAAU